AUGGAGAACAAUCUCAAUCCUCACCAAGCUCCAAUGGCGGAUCAGCUUCCCUUCUCUCUCCCACCGUAUCCUCAGAUGAUUAUGGAAGCGAUUGAAGCAUGUGACGACGCGAACGGAAUCAACAAAACGGCGAUUGCGAAACACAUCGAGUCAACUCAGGUCGCUUUACCACCGUCACACACGACGCUCCUCAGCUACCAUCUCAACCAGAUGAAACAAUCAGGCCAGAUCGCGCUCGUCAAGAACAAUUACAUGAAACCAGAUCCAGAUGCACCGCCUAAGCGUGGCCGUGGUCGUCCUCCGAAAGCAAAACCUCAGGGAGAUUCAAGCCACGUGUCGAUCGUCCCAGAUCCGUCUGGUUCUCCGCCGAGGCCACGUGGUCGUCCUCCUAAAUCGAAGGAAGCUUCUACAUCGGAGACGGUGAAAGCGAAGGAACCACCGAGGGUUUCUGGUAGGCCGAGAGGAAGACCACCGAAGAAGGCGAAGACGGAAUCGGACACUGUUGAGGCAGCUACGGUGGCUGCUCCGGCGGCGAACGGUGAGCGUAGAGGACGCGGAAGGCCACCGAAGGUGAAACCAGUGAUGGUUCCUGUUGGUUGUUAG